ACAAAGUCCGGAAACAAUAUAGAAAUAUAUAGUGUUGCCAGCCUACGAGGAGACUUUCAAGUGAAGCACCGUUUCAGUGGUUGAAAAAGCUCAGCGAUCACCUGUCGACAUGGCUGACAGCAGAGACAAAGCAACGGAUCAAAUGAAGACAUGGAAGCAAAAUAGAAGCUCUCAGAGGCCAGAUCAGCUGACCACCAGCGGCGGCCAUCCCAUCGGAGACAAGCUGAACCAGCUGACGGCCGGACCGAGGGGCCCCCUCCUGGUCCAGGAUGUCGUACUCACCGACGAGUUGGCCCACUUUGACCGGGAACGCAUCCCCGAGCGGGUGGUGCACGCCAAAGGGGCAGGAGCGUUUGGCUACUUCGAGGUGACGCACGACAUCCGCCGCUACUGUAAGGCCAAAGUGUUUGAGCAUGUCGGCAAAGUGACGCCCAUCGCUGUCCGCUUCUCCACUGUGGCGGGAGAAUCCGGAUCAGCGGACACUGUGCGCGACCCUCGAGGCUUUGCCGUCAAGUUUUACACAGAUGAGGGCAACUGGGACCUGACGGGCAACAACACCCCCAUUUUCUUCAUCAAGGACGCCCUGCUGUUCCCGUCCUUCAUCCACACGCAGAAGCGCAAUCCUCAGACGCACAUGAAGGACCCAGACAUGCUGUGGGAUUUCUUUAGCCUGAGGCCCGAGAGUCUGCACCAGGUGUCCUUCCUGUUCAGUGAUCGAGGUCUGCCGGAUGGCUUCCGCCACAUGAACGGCUACGGCUCGCACACCUUCAAGCUGAUCAAUGGCGACGGGGAGCCGGUGUACUGCAAGUUCCACUACAAGACGGACCAGGGGAUCAAGAACAUGCCAGUGGGGGAGGCCGAGAGCCUGGCCGCCUCCAACCCGGACUACGCCAUCGGAGACCUGUUCAACGCCAUCGCCAACGGCAACUUCCCAUCAUGGACUUUUUACAUUCAGGUCAUGACCUUUGAGCAGGCCGAGAAGUUCCGGUUCAACCCCUUCGACCUCACCAAGGUUUGGCCGCAUAAAGAAUACCCGCUGAUCCCUGUGGGCAAAAUGGUCCUAAACAGAAACCCCGUCAACUACUUCACCGAAGUGGAGCAGAUGGCAUUCGACCCCAGCAACAUGCCGCCGGGCAUCGAGCCCAGUCCUGACAAGAUGCUGCAGGGUCGUCUCUUCUCCUACCCGGACACUCAUCGGCACCGACUGGGCGCCAACUACCUACACAUCCCCGUCAACUGCCCCUACAGGGCCCGCGUGGCCAACUACCAGCGUGACGGCCCGAUGUGCAUGACCGACAACCAAGGUGGCGCUCCAAACUACUAUCCCAACAGCUUCAGUGCACCAGAGACUCAACCUCAAUUUGUGGAGUCAUCGUUCAAGGUGUCCACCGAUGUGGCGCGUUACAACAGCGACGACGACGAUAACGUCACCCAGGUUCGCGCCUUCUACACGCAGGUGCUGAACGAAGAGCAGCGACAGAGGCUUUGUCAGAAUUUGGCGAGCUCCCUGAAGGGGGCGCAGCUCUUCAUCCAGAAGCGCAUGGUGGAGGUCCUGAGAACCGUCCAUCCAAACUAUGCAGACAAUGUUCAGAGCCAUCUCAACAAGUACAAUGCGGAAGCCCAGAAGAACGCUAUUCAUGUGUACAGCCGUCCCGGAGCGUCAGCCGUCGCCGCUUCGUCCAAGAUGUGAAAAAAAAAAUGUCCACUGGGGAGCUCAUUCCCAUCCAGAUGUCACAGUAGUACCUUGAACAAACGAUAAAACAAAAAAAAAAGGAAUGUGGUAACGAGGCUUCAACGAUGAAAACUCAAAACAAUGAAUGUGAUCUGCCGUGUUCUUUUUGUGCCUCCGUCGGCAUCAAGGAACAAGAAUGGUCGUUGCUGAUUGUUAGGUGUGUAUCCAUACCUGCCAUCGGUAGCAAAUCCAUCAUACAGGAAGCAAACCUAUCCCUGAUCUAUAAAUUGCUAUCAAGAAAUCAUUCUUAUAGUAAAAGUAGUACACCCCCCCCCCCCCCCAUAACUGACUGAACUGCUGGCUAGGAUACAAAUGCAUCUACAGUGGGACCUCUACUUAUGAAAUUAAUAUGUUCUGGAAUAAAUAUCAUAACUAGAAAAUGUUGUAAAUAGAGACGUGAUUUCAGGACAUAGAGGUUUUCUAAAGCAUAAAAAUGGAUCCACAUAUUUAACAAAGACGUGUUACAAUUAGAGUAUUGCAGAAUAAAUGAAAGUUGUCCAUAAUGUAAAAAAAACAAAACGGAGUAAAGAAUAAAAAUGAUGGUCAUUUAACUUUUAACUACGUAAUUAUCGUUUAUUUGCCCUCUUUAGUUCACGUUCUCUCUCAGAAGUGGUUUUUGACUGGCGCUUUGUCAAGAACUGAUCCAAGGAUGUUUGCUUUUUCGAUUUUUAACAAUCCUUCAAUAGAGGACGUUGCAUAGACACCUAUCGAGCUAUUUAUAUAUCUACACACAGGUCCCUCUUAACCAAUGGGAUGCCAGGAAGAUGCCAGGUAAUAGCCAAUGGCAGAGCAGCUUUAAAAGUAUGUUGCCUUCAGGAAACUUACUGCUGCGAGCAGCAGCCCAUACUGUAUUUUUACCUUUCGCAUGUUGAAAUUUCUUUCAUAACAAGGGGCAAUAUUUUCCUGUUGGGGCGUUUCGUGACUUGAAAAUUUCAUACAAAGAGAUGUUCGUAAGGAGAGGUGCCACUGUAUUCAUCUUUCUGCUCGCUUUCUGGUGCUGGAAAACAUUUAAUGUGGGAAUCUGUUCAGGAGCACAGUGCCUUGGUUGUGUGUGCGCGCCCGCCCCCCCGUCCAUCCGUCCAUUUUCAUAACUUGCAAUCACAUCUUCAAGUGUUACACCGGUUAAAAUCUUUUAUCAUUUUAUGUAUAUUUGUAAAGCCGCCUAAUUAAAAGUCCUUGACUGGUAUGUAACAGUGCUUUGAUUAAUAAAAUGCAUAUCAGCAACA